GUGUCCAGUGCCGGGUUGUGACGGGCAGGGUCAUGUGACGGGGAAGUACGCGUCCCACCGCAGUGCGUCGGGCUGCCCCCUGGCGGCCAAGCGGCAGAAGGACAGCUACGUGAACGGGUCGCAGUUCGUCUGGAAGUCGGGGAAGACGGACGGCAUGAGCUGCCCGACGCCCGGCUGCGACGGGUCGGGACACGUCAGCGGGAGCUUCCUCACGCAUCGGAGUCUCUCUGGUUGUCCCCGUGCCACCUCGGCCAUGAAGAAGGCGAGGAUGAGCGGCGUGGAGAUGCUGACAAUCAAGCAAAGAGCAAGCAAAGGCAUCGAAAAUGAUGAAGAAAUCAAACAGCUGGAUGAAGAAAUCAAAGAUCUGAACGAGUCCAACAAUCAAGUGGAGUCCGACAUGUUAAAACUGAGGACACAAAUCACCUCGAUGGAGACGAACCUGAAGUCCAUCGAGGAAGAGAACAAGGUGAUCGAGCAUCAGAACGACUCGCUGCUGCACGAGCUCGCCAACCUCAGCCAGUCGCUCAUCAACAGCCUCGCCAACAUCCAGCUUCCACACAUGAAACCGCUGCCACAGAAAGAGGCCCCAGUAAAGCAUAACUGCUGUUUACAGAUGCCUCCCAGAGAGCCAAUGAAUGAACAGAACUUUGACACUUAUGUGAGUACAUUGACAGACAUGUACACUCACCAGGACCAGUACCAGAGCCCGGAGAACAAGGCGCUGCUGGAGAACAUCAAACAGGCCGUUCAGGGGAUCCAGGUCUAGCCCUGGCUGAGGCCAAAAUAACAAAUGCAAAGCAAAAACAACAACAAAAAAAAUCAAAAAGAGGGUUACGGGUUGUUUUUUGCUGCUGUAAUCUACGAUAGCUCUUUUAAUUCUACUGCUGUUAUGCUCUCAACUCCAUGGGUAUCUUUUUUUAUCAUUUUGAUUGUCGUUGCCUUGCUUUGAAAAACAACGUUUUAAACGAACAUUCACGUUUUGUACAUUUUCAUAUGACCUAAUAUAAUGUGAUGUACUGUUUAUAGCUGCUAAUGUAUGCACAUUCUAGUGUAUAUGUAUUUAUUGUAAGCUUGAAUCAUUUCUUAUUUUAACGCGAAAAAACUGGGCGUCACGGGUUACAUGGGGAGCAGAAAGGAAAAAGGGAAAGCUGAAGAGCAAUCAUUUUUGAAAGGCUUUUCUCACGAGCUGAAAACAGGUCGUUUAAUGGAUGUAAUUCAUUGAUAUUUGUAAUGUUUGAAAACAAUAUUACUGUAAAUCUUUAGCUAAAGUAGAAGAAGAACCAAUGCUUUAAGCAAGAAGAUUUCAAACAUCAUGACACGGAAACUUACUGGUGCAAAUCCCAUCAUCCCCUUCGGAGUUGUUUCGUUUUAAACCGUCGCUUUUCUUUGUUGGAGAACGAAGCGGAAAGACCAAUGGCUACAGAAAACGUAGGAGACAAUCUGCCAUUCUGAAUUUCUUUUAAUCAUCAACCUUGAACUAGCUAAUAAGGCAAUGUGUCAGCAAUAUUGGUACGAUAAUAUAAAAUUGUUGGUUUAGAUAUGGGAUGCAAUCUAUAUGAAAAAAAAUGUUUGGGUAUAUGCAAUUUCUUAUGAAUAAAACUAGCAUAGAGCAGAUAGAUCUUUUUACUAACUAUAAAUGUAUUGCGUUUUGUAUAACCUUUUACUACAAUCAUGUUUUAGGAAUCUGACGCGGGUGAAAGGACUUUGGUUCUGUCAUGUUCGACUUUGCACAGGGACACCUUUGUUUCCAUGUUUUGAUGUUUUUAUUGUCUAUUAAGAGGCACUUGGCAGGCGUAUGGAUUUGUAGAUAUGAUUUUUUCUAUCUAAAGGCUGACGGCUCCACUGGACUUACAGGGUCAAACGUCCCCAUCCAUCAUUGUAUAUUGCACUCGUUCUGUAGAAAACGUCUUUUCAAUCAUGCAUCCUAUUGUGUGAGACACAAUGGGAAAUGAUGGCAGACGACAUGAUGACCAAGCAGCACUUUUUAUUAUUAUCUUUGAUUGUUAUUGAAAAGAUGAAGAAAAACUAAGCCAGCAGUCGUGAACGCGACGUCUGCGCACUGAAUUUACCGACUGAGUAUUUGAUCUGAAUCGGCCUUACGUUGACAUUCAGUCUGAAAUCACAGUACUGACUGAAAAAUGUUUUCUGAACACCGUCGAUCAUGCAUGCACUUUAUUGGAGUUUGUCAAAGUAUUAUCACGUGGUAAAUGAAGCAAAAACUGUACAGCGAGUUUGUGGAAACUGUGACUUUGACAAGACUUUGUGCUGGUGAUUCCUGGAUGAAAGAACCCUGAAACAGAUUUAACUGAGAAGGUGAGUUAUUUAAAGGACAACUCCCCCUCUGGUCCCCCUAAAUUGUUAACCUCCACCACUUUAAGUUUAUUUGAAAUCCUCUCUAAAACAUUACCCUUUUCUAUAAGUAUUGGAAAGGCUCCUUUUCUAUCCACAUUAUUUAUGGAUUGUAUUGCAUUGGUUAAUAUAAGAACUGUUUCCCUUUGGUCAACCUGACGAUAGAGAAAUGUGAGGAGCUUGUUUCGGCUGUGUAGGGUUCCAUGAAAGUAAAACUUCUGGGUAGACUAUGUUUGGUUACUGUCAGUUCAAUUGUCAAAAGAUUAACAGCUAUACUAGAGAACUAUUUGAGUCGAAGGAACAAACCUGUCUUCGGAAAAGCUAACGGUGAAAGUGAACUGCAACUCCCAAAGUGCAUUUUGGGGAAACACAUCCAAUCACAAAGUUUAAACCCCAGCUUUCCGUGCUCAUCCUUAAUGGCCCUAAGCCUUUGUGACAUCUGGUUUACUCUCCAUAGCAACAAUGGUUAUAUUGAAAUAUUUAGACCCAUCCACCAUGACAUAUUGGCGGUGAAAGAUUGCGAUUUCUCAAAAGCAAAAUCAUCAAUCUGGUUCAGUGUCGAACCUGAACCUUUUCUGAAAAUGAGCUCAGUUGCAGAUUUCCUACUUUUUUCAAAAUGCGUUUCAAUAGAGAAAGGGAUCAAAAGUUGUUGCAAUCGCUCAAAUAAUAAAUAUACAAUUAUAUUUGCCCUGAGGUAGCCACCCCAAACUUUCCAUGUGACAAUAUGUUCAGCAUUUUGUUUUCUAAAUGAAGUUAGGCUAGAAGACAUCAAGAGUAUUUGAUAAUUAGGGGCUGGUUGGGUUUGAAAUACACACUUUAACUCACUUUAUCUUGCUCAAAUGUGUAGAAAAUAUGUAUAAAUAUCAUUUAAAAGACAUUUAAGGUGUUAACCAUCCUCAACUUUGAUCAAAUCAUGAAGAUUUAAUUGGUGAGUGAGGAAAGGAUCCGGUUUCCAAUCAGUCCAGUUUCCCACAGGAAGGAAAAGCAAACGUCAGACGGCUAACUGGGGGAGUUUUCCUUUAAAGAUGCGUCUUCUUUGGACUUUUACUGCAAAGCCUCAUUCCCUGAUUUCACAUCUCUGUCCAAAGCUUUGUGUCUGCAGCUUCCUGCCAGUAAACCUCUGCAUUAGAUAGACUGACAGCUUGUAUUUUUUAUUUAGUGGGUUAUUCUUAACUGAAAACAAAGGAGAUGGGAGUUAAAGCACAAUUCUGCCACUUAAAGACAAUUCAAUAGACUAGAUAUUGUAAUAUCAGAUGUAAAAGCUAAACUGUAACUAUUUACAUAGAAAAAUCUCAACACUAACAUGUGACAUGCUAGAAUGCAAAAUAAAUCCAUAUGAAUAUUUGUGAAAUCAUCAGUUUAUGAAAAUGUUACAGUUUCUUUUGGGCGGUGCAUUGAUGAAGGGGUUUUUAUACAACAUUCAUUUUCUCUCCUUUUUACCCCUUUCUCCGUGUCACUCGCAAACUUUCAACAACAGUUUUUCUUACCACAUGGCAUGGUUUUUGUUGAUAUUUUUGCUGUAUGUUUAAGGUCACGAGUUGCUACGUGAUAUUUUAAUUUCACUUGUGAAGUUUGUACAAUUUUUAUCAUGCUGGUGUUGGCAUCUCUUGCUCUGAAUAAAUCUUGUGUUGCAACACUGA